AUGAAGGUCAGUCCAAAGGUCAUCAAGCGGAUUUGUCUGCAAACGAUAACAGAAAACAAACAAGUUCGAAGUCACGGAAGCAGCCCAUUACCUACUCCGAAUCGCUACAGAGACCUGCACCAGUACCCGUCCGUACUACCGGCGCGGUACCACGAACUUAUCAAAUCAACUCGGAAAGCAAUAGGCAUGAACCGGAACACUCCCACUCCCAGUAUAUGCGCCAAAGUAGCCAAAUGUCAUCAGCAGCUGCUGGCCGUGACAGCCGCAGACGAUAUAACAACAAUACAUUUGGGAAUGGUCAACACAAUGAUGCCCAUUCUACUACGAAUUUGGAAAACUGGAGGUUUGAUGAUAAAUCGGAUGAUGGCUUCAUUAUGCCCAGACAUAGAAAAUUCAAGAAAAGGCUCGGUAAUGCUCAACCUCCUGCCGAUGGCGUUUUUGCAGGGGGAGAUCGCAAAACCCCCCUCAGGAAAUUUUGAUGAGUUCAUGACUAAAUUUGAAAACUCUUUGCAAUCUUCGAGUAGUUCCAAAUUUGCAAUCAUCACCUGUGGAGAUUUUAACAUAAAUUUCUUAUCUACUGAUCAUAAAGCUAGACAAUUAACUGAUCUAGUUGAGACCUAUGGCUUUUCUAGAAUGAUCUUUUUACCUACUCGCGGGAAUGCAUGCUUGGAUAAUAUUUUUAUAAAUUUACCAAAUGCAGAAGCACAUACAUAUGAUUUUAAUAUAUCGGACCAUUUGGCGGUAAUAGUCGAGUUUCCAUUCAUUAUUAAACCAAACAUCAAAAUAAAUAAUAAAUAUCAACCCUAUACAAGAACUGGAUUAUCUAAAUUUUUUAACAUGGUGAGCAAUAUAAAUUGGGACUUCAUAAAUUGUGAAAAUAUUUCAACAGAGGAAAAAGCAAAACUGGUUGUACUCUUGCUUCAAAAUAAUAUAAACGCGGCGUUUCCUGUUGUUGAAAUGAAAAAUAAAAAACCUGUAUUGAACCUAACCUGGUUUAAUGAUGAAUUGAGAGAAAAAAGGGAUCUUCCGAAUUUUGUCACAGAUGCUGCUGACCAGCAAAAAUGUCCUAUCCUCCUGGAUUUAAAAACUCCUUGCCCAAGCAACUGCACUGAACUAGUCCUAAUACCAGACAGAAUUUGUGUCAAGUAUUGGCAAUGCGACAAUGGGGUAGCUACUGAACUCACUUGUCCAAAAGGCCUGGAGUUCAAUCCUGAAAGAAAAGUUUGUGAUUGGCCAGAAGACGCUAAAUGUACUAAACAAGGAUGGUGUGAUGAGGAUCUUAGAUGCCCUUCGCCUACGAAACCAACAUCGCCAUCAACUACCACCAGAAACCCAAAUGCGCCACCUUGUCCAUGCGAUUGUACUGAAUUAGUCUUAAUACCAAGUAAAAACUGUGGCAAGUACUGGCAAUGUGAUAACGAGGAUGCUACUGAGAAAAAUUGUCCAAAAGGCCUCGAAUUCAAUCCAGAUAGAAAAGUUUGUGAUUGGCCAGCAAAUGCCAGUUGUACAGGUCAAGGUUGGUGCGCUGAAGAUUUAAUAUGCCCAAUACCUACUAAACCAACAAAGCCACCCGCGCCAUCUACUACUACUAAAAAUCCAAGAGCACCUCCCUGUCCAUGCGACUGCCCAGAAUUAGUUCUCAUUCCAGAUAAAAUUUGUGGAAAAUAUUGGCAAUGUGAUAAUGAAGUAGCUACUGAACUUAGUUGUCCAAAAGGCCUAGAAUUUAAUCCAGUUAGAAAGGUUUGUGAUUGGCCAGAAAAUGCUAAAUGUAGUGGACUAGGGUGGUGCGAUGAGGAUCUAAAAUGUCCUCCAGCUACUAAACCAACCACACCCACUAGCACCACUAAAAACCCAAAUGCACCUCCAUGUCCAUGCGAUUGUAAAGAACUAGUCCUAAUCCCAAGUAAAAACUGUGGAAAGUACUGGCAAUGUGACAACGAGGAUGCUACUGAGAUAAAUUGUCCAAAAGGUCUGGAGUUCAAUCCGGAUAGAAAAGUUUGUGAUUGGCCAGCAAAUGCCAGUUGUACAGGUCAAGGUUGGUGCGCUGAAGAUUUAAUAUGCCCAAUACCUACUAAACCAACAAAGCCACCCGCGCCAUCUACUACUACUAAAAAUCCAAGAGCACCUCCCUGUCCAUGCGACUGCACAGAAUUAGUUCUCAUUCCAGACAAAAUCUGUGGCAAAUAUUGGCAAUGUGAUAAUGAAGUAGCUACUGAACUUAGUUGUCCAAAAGGCCUAGAAUUUAAUCCAGUCAGAAAGGUUUGCGAUUGGCCAGAAAAUGCAAAAUCUCCAUGUCCAUGCGAUUGUAAAGAAUUAGUCCUAAUCCCAAGUAAAAACUGUGGAAAGUACUGGCAAUGUGACAACGAGGAUGCUACUGAGAUAAGUUGUCCAAAAGGUCUGGAAUUCAAUCCGGAUAGAAAAGUUUGUGAUUGGCCAGCAAAUGCCAGUUGUACAGGUCAAGGUUGGUGCGCUGAAGAUUUGAUAUGCCCAAUACCUACUAAACCAACAAAGCCACCCGCGCCAUCUACUACUACUAAAAAUCCAAGAGCACCUCCCUGUCCAUGCGACUGCCCAGAAUUAGUUCUCAUUCCAGACAAAAUCUGUGGCAAAUAUUGGCAAUGUGAUAAUGAAGUAGCUACUGAACUUAGUUGUCCAAAAGGCCUGGAAUUUAAUCCAGUUAGAAAGGUUUGUGAUUGGCCGGAAAAUGCUAAAUGUAGUGGCCUAGGGUGGUGCGAUGAGGAUCUAAAAUGUCCUCCAGCUACUAAACCAACCACACCUUCUAGUACCACUAAAAACCCAAAUGCACCUCCAUGUCCAUGCGAUUGUGAAGAACUAGUCCUAAUCCCAAGUAAAAACUGUGGAAAGUACUGGCAAUGUGACAACGAGGAUGCUACUGAGAUAAAUUGUCCAAAAGGUCUGGAGUUCAAUCCGGAUAGAAAAGUUUGUGAUUGGCCAGCAAAUGCCAGUUGUACAGGUCAAGGUUGGUGCGCUGAAGAUUUAAUAUGCCCAAUACCUACUAAACCAACAAAGCCACCCGCGCCAUCUACUACUACUGAAAAUCCAAGAGCACGUAAGUUGGUCAAAAAGUUGAAUUGGUUCAUGUUUACUGAAUGUUAUAUUUCAGCUCCCUGUCCAUGCGACUGCCCAGAAUUAGUUCUCAUUCCAGACAAAAUCUGUGGCAAAUAUUGGCAAUGUGAUAAUGAAGUAGCUACUGAACUUAGUUGUCCAAAAGGCCUGGAAUUUAAUCCAGUUAGAAAGGUUUGUGAUUGGCCAGAAAAUGCUAAAUGUAGUGGCCUAGGGUGGUGCGAUGAGGAUCUAAAAUGUCCUCCAGCUACUAAACCAACCACACCCACUAGUACCACUAAAAACCCAAAUGCACCUCCAUGUCCGUGCGAUUGUCCAGAAUUAGUAUUAAUCCCAAGUAAAAACUGUGGAAAGUACUGGCAAUGUGAAAACGAAGAUGCUACUGAGAAAAGUUGUCCUAAAGGCCUGGAGUUCAAUCCGGAUAGAAAAGUUUGUGAUUGGCCAGCAAAUGCCAGUUGUACAGGUCAAGGUUGGUGCGCUGAAGAUCUAGUAUGCCCAUUACCUACAAAACCAACAAAGCCACCCACACCUUCCACUACUACUAAAAAUCCAAGAGCACCUCCCUGUCCUUGCAAUUGCUCAGAAUUGGUACUCAUUCCAGACAAAAACUGUGGCAAAUAUUGGCAAUGUGAUAACGAAGUAGCUACUGAACUGAGUUGUCCAAAGGGACUGCAAUUCAACCCAGUUCGAAAAGUUUGCGAUUGGCCCGAGGAUGCUAAAUGUUCUGGACUAGGAUGGUGUGAUGAGGAUCUUCUAUGCCCACCACCUACCAAGCCAACUUCACCGUCUACUACCACCAAAGACCCAAGAGCUCGUAAUCCCCCAACUACCAAGCCAACCACUCCUUCAACGACAACGAAAAAUCCGAAUGCACCACCUUGUCCUGAAGAUUGCUGCGAACCACUCCUAAUACCAUCUAGAGACUGCUGCAAUUACUGGCAGUGCGAUAACGGCGAAGCUACCGAAGUAAGAUGUCCAGGGGGUCUCCAAUUUAAUCCUAUCUCGAAGGUUUGUGAUUGGCCAGGAACAGCUGGUUGCACUGGUAAUGGCUGGUGCAAUGACGAUUUGAGAUGCCCAGAAGACAACUAAAUGCCUUCAUAGAACUAUGUUGAGAAAUAAUUCCCGCCCAGUAUUUAAUACCUAAGUAUCUUUAAUAAGAUAAGUAUUUUUAAUAAUACAGUAGUAAUAUUAAAAUGUUAGAUAAGAUAAUAAAAUGUUUAAAUUGUCAGUUAUUGUUGAACUUAAAAUGGAAAUAAAUGUUUUUUGUUUUCAAUCAAAUAUUUAGUAUUUUAUUGUUCAAGAAAAACUACAUACCUAUUGUUCGUCGUUUUUAAUCUAACACUUUCCGUGUGAGGUGCGAGGGGGUGGAGUAUAUGGCAAAAACAGGUAUGACAUCAGGUGACCAUUGGCGUUCUAAUGUAGGGUGCCACCAGCUCACAUUUUUUUCGAGUAUCAGAUUAAAAUCGACAGACUUUACUUUUAAGCUAUUUGCGAACACGAAAUAUCACUAAAGUUCAUUUCACGAAACGAGAUAGUGGAAGUAAACAAACUUUGACAGGUAAGUCGAAUUUUAUUGGCUAGAGAAGGAUUAUACUCCGC